GUCUUGGGCAUGUUGCAUGUGCGUGUCUUUGGUACAGGACCUUGCAUGUUCUUAGAGGACGGGGUGUGGCUGUGAUCCUUUAAUUGCCGAGCCGCUCACCCACGCCUAGAUUGAAUUGGCAUGCUGACACAAUGAAUGGCGUUCAGCUCCUGUGGUUCAGUGGUUGAGUGGAGUUUUAUUUUCUAAAGAAGUUGUCCCGACCCAAAGAUGCUGCUGCCUGACCCGCCGAGUUACUCCAAAGUUUCAUAUUUUUCUGGUUCAGAUUUAUAGCGUGGCUGUUGGUUGACGGGGUACCAGGAUUACAAGGUUUGAAUGCGGCCCUUCCUAUCCACCCUGACCCUGCCGUGCUGCCCGUGGGCCAUUUGGAAUGACGGAUGUAACCUCUUUGAUCGCGGUUUCGCCCACUCCUGGUUACAAAGUGUUGAACCAAACCGCCGAGUGCCUGGUCGACAAGAUCUUUCAGGACAGGUUAAUCUCCAUCACCUACGUGUUUGUGUUCGUGGUGGGUUUCUGCACGAACGCCUCGGUGCUGGCUUGCCUGUGUUUGAGGCGGAGGAAAUGGCUGAACGGGGAUUUCUUCGUGUUUCACCUGGCACUCGCGGACCUGUCCUAUGUGCUCACCCUGCCUUUCUUCGUGGCCUAUUACGCCGCCCGCGCCCGCUGGGUUUUUGGCAAAGGCUUCUGCCGAAUUAGCAGGCUGGUUUUCCAUCUGAAUUUGUACGGGAGCAUCGGAUUCCUCACCUGCAUCAGCGUGCAGCGUUACAUGGGCAUCGUGCAUCCAAUGAGGAUGUUGGGACGAUGGAAGAGCCGCCACUCGGCUCAGAUCAGUGCCCUGGUCUGGACCUUGGUUCUGCUCCAAACCUUAAUGGAUUUCUAUUUCACCAAGACUAACGCCGAUGGCACAAAGUGCUACGACACUGUGCCAAACGAAGAGGUGACCUCUUACAUGUUGUACGUCAAGGUGGUUUCAGUGACUGGAUUCCUGAUUCCCUUCCUAAUCAUCAUAGCAUGUUACUGUCAAAUCGCAGUGGUGCUCAGCAAAAACCGUAGCAUGGACAGAGGUCCCAAGAAACGGUCCCGGAACCUUGCCAUCAUUAUUAUGCUGUUGUUUUCCGUUUGCUUUGCGCCUUACCAUCUGUUGCGAUAUCUCAAUUUAACUUCCAGGCAGUAUCAGUUGGAAGGUUUCUGUGCGCGAAACAACAGGUCGGUUUACGUGUACUACCAGGUCUCCAGAGGGCUGACCAGUUUAAACAGCUGCAUCGACCCGUUCAUCUACUUUGUAGCCAGGGACGGAGUGGUGGCGAGAAUGAAAACGUUCAAUGUAAAAAUGCGCGGCUUAUUCAACCACGCCAGAGAAAACCACCCUUCACUUCCACAAGACGUUUUAUUACCGAAAAACCACCCUUCAGUUCCGCAAGACGUUUUAUUACCAACUUGGUACGAAACAGUCGUGUGAAUCCAUUUAAAUGCUUUAGAUAUCCAUCGCGUGUGUGAGGAAAGAACUGCAGAUGCUGGUUUACACCGAAGAUAGACACAAAAUGCUGGAGUAACUCGGCGGGCCAGACAGAGAAGGAAUG